AACAAAGGCGUUCACACGUCUCAGUAACACCGAUAAAUAACAUUGACAUAUAUAAACAGUCUAUAGUCUAGAGUCCACAAGAGACCAUGAAGACUCAAUUACUCACAUUCACAUGCUUCUUCUUCAUCCUAUGCUUCAAUGUUUUACCACCCUGUUCAUGUGAAACCACUUCCAACAUGAAAACCAGAGGUGAUCAUGAUCAACUCAUGAUGCAGGAUCAACAUCUCACCUGCAAAAAUGAUACAGUGAUUGAAUCGAGCAAAGAAGAUAUUAAUCAAUUAAGCUUAAAAGGAGUGCAUGAAAUAAUUCAUCAUCCUAAGAGUAGAGGAGUUUAUGGUGAUUCAGAUCUUCUUCGGCGCAGCCCUCCUCGCAGUGGAAGCUCACCAGUGAGGCCAUUUUCUAUCCUCUCUACAACACCACAUGGGCAUGUUACAAUCGGAUUGCUUGUUCUUAGUUUCUUCUUUUCGUUGGUGUAGAGGUUUCUGUAUGAAUAUAUAUAUAUAUAUAUAUAUAUAUAUAUAUAUAUAUGACAUAUAACUGUUUAGAGAUGCAAACUUUCUCACUAGUUUAAUUUUCAUUGUAUGGUUGAUAUAAACUGCCUAUAUGCUCUUGUUCUUGUAUUAUAUAUAAAUGUAACAUUAGGGGCUUGCUUAAUUUCUGUUCUUGUAUUAUAUAUAAAUGUAACUUUAUGGGCUUGCUUAA